AUGGAGGAAAAUUACAAGACCAUGGGCUCUGUGGGGAACUACAUUUUCCAGAAGGCCUUGCAAGCACCAGAGUGGUCAACCCUGCGUAUUGUUCCAGAAUUGAGGGAGAUGGUGAGGGAGAAGGAAUCAGCAACGUCAGUUAUUGGAAAAGUUGAAGUUCUGCAGAUGGAAGCAAAAUCUAGGGAACAAGCCAUACCAAAGCGAGAGUGCAGAAGGAAAAGGAAAGCCAAAGAGAAGCAGAGGAAGAAAUUGGUUGGCUAUCAGUCCAGAAAUCAACCUGAGAUCUCAGCCCAUGAGGAAAUACGGAAGAGAAAGAGAAGGCCUAAGGAUGCCAUAAAAGACACAAGGUUCAGCUGGAAAACAUUUAACUGCCUGGAGUGUGGGAAAAGCUUCUAUUGUAAUAGCAAACUAACUCAACAUCAAAGGAUUCACACAGGGGAGAAGCCUUAUAAAUGCCUGGAGUGUGGAAAGUGCUUCUCUCGGAAUUACAGCCUAACUGCCCAUAAAAGGGUUCACACGGGGGAGAAGCCAUACAAAUGCCUGGAGUGUGGAAAGUGCUUCUCUCAGAAUGGCAGCCUAACUGCACAUCAAAGGGUUCACACGGGGAAGAAGCCAUACAAAUGCCGGGAGUGUGGAAAGUGCUUCCUUUCCAAAGGCGAGCUAACUAAACAUCAAAGGGUUCACACAGGGGAGAAGCCUUAUAAAUGCUUGGAGUGUGGAAAGGGCUUCUCUCGGAAUGACAAACUAACUAAACAUCAGAAGGUUCACACGGGGGAGAAGCGAUAUAAAUGCCUGGAGUGUGGAAAGUGCUUCUCUCAGAAUCACCAACUAACUGCACAUAAAAGGGUUCACAUGGGGGAGAAGCCAAAGAAAUGCCUGGAGUGUGGGAGAAGCUUCUAUUGUAAUAGCAACCUAACUCAACAUAAAAGACUUCACACAGGGAAGAAGCCAUACAAAUGCUUGGAGUGUGGAAAGUGCUUCUCUUGGAAUAACGACCUAACUAAACAUAAAAGGGUUCACACGGGGGAGAAGCCAUACAAAUGCCUGGGGUGUGGGAAGUGCUUCUCUUGGAAUAACGACCUAACUAAACAUAAAAGGGUUCACACGGGGGAGAAGCCAUACAAAUGCCUGGAGUGUGGGAAGUGCUUCUCUCGGAAUGGCAGCCUAACUGCACAUCAAAGGGUUCACAUGGGGGAGAAGCCAUACAAAUGCCUGGAGUGUGGAAAGUGCUUCCUUUCCAAUGGCGAGCUAACUAAACAUCAAAGGGUUCACACAGGGGAGAAGCCAUAUAAAUGCUUGGAGUGUGGAAAGUGCUUCUCUCGGAAUGACAGACUAACUAAACAUCAGAAGGUUCACACGGGGGAGAAGCGAUAUAAAUGCCUGCAGUGUGGAAAGUGCUUCUCUCAGAAUCACCAACUAACUGCACAUCAAAGGGUUCACACGGGGGAGAAGCCCUAUAAAUGCCUGAAGUGUGGGAAAAGCUUCUAUUGUAAUAGCAACCUAACUAAACAUCAAAGGGUUCACACGGGGGAGAAGCCAUAUAAAUGCCUGGAGUGUGGAAAGUGCUUCUCUUGCAAUGGCAGCCUAACUGCACAUAAAAGUGUUCACACGGGGGAGAAGCCAUACAAAUGCCUGGAGUGUGGAAAGUGCUUCUCUCGGAAUUCUACCCUAACCAGACAUCGGAGGGUUCACAGCGAAGAAGCCACAUAA